GGGGGUUUACUUGAGGUUCACACUUGCACGGCCGGGCUCCACAGGCGCGCUUCUUUGUAAAGGCGCGGGGCGCGGGCUCGCAUUUUCGUACCACGCGCACGCUGCCCGGAGCUGUAGACAUCGGUGGAUGGAUAAAGUGGUCGUCGUGUGAGAAUCUUAAGCUCUCUAAGUGCAGAUUUAGCGCUCCCUGCCACUGGCGCUGGUUUGCGAUAAGCACAAGCGGAUGAUCGCGGUACUUUACUGCCGCUCACAGUGUCUGUCCCUGGCCGUCUCCUGCACGCGGAUCUCUAGACUCGGAGGCGAAAUUUUGCAGCGCCCGCCCACCACCCGCCCCUCCCUUGCACGCACUACUGUAGUCAGCAUUGACAUCCACGAGUCUUUUGCUUUCGGUGCUUGAGUCGGAUGUUGAUAACGUGUUGGCUGGUCAGGCCCUCCUUUGGUCACCAGGUCGCGGACGGACUCUAGAUUCGACGGAGCGCUUAUCGCUGUCGUAGCUGUAGAAAGGUGAGCAAAAUUUGCGGAAGAGAGACCUUCGAGCUGCGUGUAUUGUACGGCAGAAAGGGAGCUGGUCGAUUGAACCGAGCGUUGGGCUCAUUCUCGCAUCCCGACUAUCACUCUCACUGUUUCGAGGUCGUUUGAGGAGUGGUGUGUAGCGUGCUUCCGCUCCGACUCGUUCUUGGACGUCGCUGGCGGUGCUACUGGGUUAGUGAGAAGAAAGAGGGAAUUCUGUGUUUCUGAGCUGAUCUGAAAUCGUUUGGUGCAUCUUGGUCGCGUAUUGAAGUACUUUUCGAAACAGUGUACUCGUGUGUGCAUGCGCCCUGAGCUUACCAUCAACAGCUGGAUCGAAAGUAGGCUCAAAAUCGCAUUCUGCUGUGACCGAGUUGGAGAGCACAGCCGAUCUUGUUCCGAGGACACAGAUUAUUUGAAUCGCAGAGUUGGACGGAGAGGGAAUGGCAACUGAAGGAAGGCAAAUGGCUAUGGCCCAGGAGGGGCCUUCUCCAAUAAUUCCCAUUGUCAUCUUGGCAAUAGUUGGGGUGAUGUUGAGCUUCUCGAAUUUCUUCGAAGUGGAUCCAAGUUACAUGCAGCACACGCUGGAGUCAAUACAGUCUCACUUUUUCUUGGGCGCCCUCCUUAUUCCUGUUUGCAUAUUCCUGAUCGUUCAUGCGGUGGGUAUGCCUGAAGUGAAUGCGCCAGGACCGCGCAUUUCUUACUCUCCUAUCGUGGAGUCAAUGAUGCAAGAUCCCGCCACAUCAAUGUUUCUCUUCGUUAUCAUCAUAGGCCUCCUUAUUGCUAUACCAUUUCAUAGUUAUAUUCAUGCUCCCUGGCAGCCACCUCCAUACUAUGAGCGUCGCUACUGAACGAUCCCACUUCGAGGAUGGAGUCUGUUGAGGCCCUGAGUGGUUCUUGGGUUGACGCCGUACUCUGGACCGAUUCUUCGAAGAUUCCUUUUGAUGCGUUUUUCCAGUUGCGCUUGGGAUCAUUAGUAGUUGUUACUUCUUGAGUUUCCACCAGGACGUCCCUGUCACCAAACUCCGCCUGAAAAUCCGGUCUUGAUUUCCCACAAUCGGUCGCAACUGCUUCGAGCGUACAUCUUUUCUCCCUGUUUCUGCUUCUGUACGCUCUUCAUGGUUCAGUCCAUAAAUCCAGCUCGCCCUGUUUCUUAGUUCUCCACAUGCGGGGUAAAACUUCAGGCGUGAGUCUUCCGGUCAUCUUGCUCUAUUAAAUGUCUAGGUCGUACAGAGUGUGUCUCAUGCAUGUGCUAUGUUAAGCGAGUGGAUGUGUGGCAAACCCUAGUUUUGAUACCCCUUAGGUGAUUGGGAGGUUUCGAUCUUCGUGAAACGUACCCUGUCUCCCGCUUUAUCGCCGGAAUUCAACGUCUUGUUUGAGCGCAUGUGUAUCCGAGUGAAUUCUCAUGCCACAUUUCGUUGAGCUUGGCGCAGUCUGGAAGAAACGUUUGUUUUUUAGGCCUUGCACACUCCUGUCCUCACUGAAGUCAUUUAUAUAUCUAGGUCUAGUUGGAAGGGUUGGUUAGGUGUAGUGGAUAGAUAAAUCUUGGUAUAAGCGUACAUCCAUGAAGCCGACGAGUUCAGUGACAACAAGGGUCAGAUUUUUCCUUUAAGCGUGAGCUUUGCGGCCGAAAGAACUAGUUUGAGCGAAGGAUGCCUUGUGGGAGAUGUUCAUCCACCUGCUACUAGGAAAUUUCACAGGUUUUCUGCACAUUUCUCCUGCCUGAUCUGUACAUCGGGUUUGUAAAUUAAUCGCACGCCUUAUCAAGCGUAAUGUAAAGAUGUGUAUCUCGCUUUCAGCUGAUUGCUCAC